AUGCCGCCCCUGGACCGGUGCGGCGCCGCUCCUGCUCAUCGCGACGCCCCUGCGGGACCCGUGCGGCGCCGCUCCUGCUCGUCGCGGCGCCCUUGCGGGACCCGGGCGUCGCCCCUGCUCGUCACGACGCCCCUGCGGGACCCGCGCGGCGCCGCUCCUGCUCGUCGCGACGCCCCUGCGGGACCCGCGCGGCGCCGCUCCUGCUCGUCGCGACGCCUCUGCGGGACCCGCGCGGCGUCGCCCCUGCUCGUCGCGGCGCCCCCUUGGCGCCCUCCCUGCUCGUCGCGGCGCCCCCCCCCCCCCACCCCCCCCCUUGGCUGCCACGCCCCGCCUCAUGUGCGGCCCGCCUGCGCCCUGCCCCGCCCCGCGCCCAACCUUGGGGCGGCCGCCCCUGCCCUGCCCUGCCGCCGCCGCGUCUGCAGCCGCCGUCGCGGCCCCACCGUAGCCGCUGUCGCGGCCCUGCCCCACCGUAGCCGCCGUCGUGCCUGCAGCCGCCGUCGCGGCCCCGCUGCAGCCGCCCGUCGAGCGCCUGCCGCCACCCGUCGAGCGCCAGACCUGCCCUACCCGUGCCCGUUGAGCGCCUGCCCACCGCCGCCGGUGGCAUCUGCCCUACCCGCCUCUGGUGAGCACCUGCCCUACCCGCACUGCCCGCGCGCCUGCCUUACCAGCGUGCUCCCGCGCGUGCCGCGCCUGCCUGCCAACCGAGCCGCGCCGCCCUGCCCUACUGAGCCGGGUGGCCGUGGUGGGAGUUGCCCUGGAGCGGGUCGUUCGGGAGCUUCUUGUAGUGGCCAGGUGCAGCUGCAGCGGCGUCCGCGCGAGAUCCUUUCGCCCCAGCAGCUUCGUGAGUGGUACGCUCAGAGUAGAGGGUCACGGAGUACUGCUCGCUGCCCGUACGUCAUUCGCACAGGUGCUUGGGAUGGUCAGCCUUGCGGGAUGGUUGGUCACACAGAGUCCCGCUGCUUCUCCUGUCUGAGCGACGCCUGGCGUUCUGAGUUUGGCGACGACGCUGAGCUCCCCUCCUGGCUGGAGCUGCUUAGGCAGAGGGUAGAUAUCUUUGCUCUUGACUAUGAUGCUAUUCUCACUGCCAUGUAUGCAUUGCCUACUAGUGCUGAGGGUGCCUGUUACCUGUGUGUGCAGCCUGACCCAGGUAUAGAGUCUGCUGCUCUAGGUGCUGGUGAGGCUGCUGCUCUAGGUGCUGGUGCGUCUCCUGCUCCAGGUGCCGGUGAGGCUGCUGCUCUAGGCGCUAGUGAGUCUACUGCUCCAAGUGCUGGUGAGUCUGCUCUCUCUGGUACUACGCCUGCUGCGGCCUUGCACACCUUCACGCUUGACUCAGGAGCUUCCCGCUCCUUUCGCGACUGCACCACACUCACGCCGCUCAGUCGGCCGGUUGCAGUCUCCCUGGCUGACCCCUUCGGGGGUCCAGUCCUUGCGCACUCCUCUACGGUUCUGCCGUGUCCGGCGGUCCCGUCUGGUUCACUAUCGGGUCUUCACCUCCCCUCGUUCUCUACGAAUUUGGUGAGUGGAGCUGGCCUUCAGGACGUGUGGGUUGACCAGUUCACUCCUGGAGUCGAGGGGCGGCAGCGCGCCGCUCCUCACUCCUGCGAGUUCCCUCCGACAGAGGCUCCCCUGCAGACUCUUCACAUGGACAUGUGGGGCCCAGCCCGCAUCCGUGACCAGGGUCACGAGCGCUACUUUCUGCUGGUCGUUGACGACUACUCGCGUUACACCAUCGUCUUCCCCUUGCGCCGCAAGGGUGAGGUCAGUGAGGUGCUGAUCGACUGGAUCCGCGCAGCCCGUCGCCAGCUCAGUGAGAGUUUCGGCUCGGACCUUCCUGUUCUGCGUCUGCACUCUGACAGAGGUGGAGAGUUUUCCUCCGACCUUCUGAGGGCCUUCUGUCGUGUGGAGGGCAUCCGCCAGACGUUCACGCUUCCGGCCUCUCCACAGCAAAACGGGAUUGCCGAGCGCCGCAUUGGCAUGCUCAACCUCCAGCCCCAGGUCUCCAUGCCGGAGACCACACCUGCUCUGCGAUGGACGGUGAAGGUUGGCGAUGCGUUUGCGUUCUGUGUCUGGGGAUCUCGAGCUUUUGUCCGCGAUUUGUCUGCGGACAAGCUGUCCUCCCAUGCUGUUCCCUGCGUCUUCCUUGGCUUCCCCCCUGACGCGCCUGGUCCUCCUCCAUUAGACCCCCUCCCCCCUCAGGGUCCUGCCCCCUCAGGUGUGUCUCAAGUAGACGCAGUCGAGCCUGUCGAGGUAGCUGUUGACUCUGGUACUGCUAGGGGUGCUGAGCCUGAGCGGGUGGAGCCUGGGGGUGCUGAGACAGAGCGUGUAGAGCUUGGGGGUGCUGAGCCUGGGGUUGCUGAGUCUCAAGGUGCGGAGCCUGGGGGUGCUGAGUCAGAGGGUGCAGAGCCUGGGGGUGCUGAGCCUGAGGGUGCCGAGCCUCCGGUUGCUGAGACUGGGGGUGCUGAGUCUGCUGGAGUUCUUCGAGGUGCUGCUGCUGGAGGUCCUGCUGGCGGUGCUACUGGUGCUAGAGCUGCUGGGGGAGCUAGAGCUGCUAGAGCUGGACGUGCUGCUGGAGCUGGAGCUGCUAGAGGUACUGCUGGUGCUGGUGCUGCUGGAGGUGCUGGAGUCGCUGGUCCCGGAGAUGCUCGUACUGGAGGCACUGGAGCUGCUGGGCCUGGUGGUGGUGCUAGAGCUGGAGCUGCUGGCGGUGCUGGAGCAGGUGCUGCUGGAGGUGCUGGAGAUGGCGCUAUUGGAGCUGCUGGGGCUUCUGGUGGUCCUACUGGAGCUGGAGCUGCUGGAGGUACUGGAGUUGGCGCUGGUGGAGCUGCUGGUGGUGCUGCAGGAGUUGGAGCUGCCGCUGGGGGUGCUGGUGCUAUCUCUGCUGGUUCUGGAGGCGCUACGUGGCCGCGGCCGUACUUCGUUCCGCUCCUUCAGCAGGUUCUUGGUCUCCCACCUUCUCCUGGUCCUGCUUCUUUCCUAGAGUGUCCGCCGCCUGUCCAGUCGCAGUCACAGUUACAGCCCGUCUCCCCACUGUCUUCUCUUUCUCCUUACACUGGUCCGACCAGAGGUCUUACGGAGCGUCGUGAGCCUAAGUCUCAUCGUGCGUCGCCUGUUCGUGCUGCUCGCAUUAGUCGUCGUGGUUCGCGUCAGCAUCCUCCUCCUCUCCCCGGCACGCACCAGAUGGUACUGCGUCCUUCCACUGCUCCGCAGCGUGUCCCUCUGCCGUCUCCUCUUGCGUCUUCUCUUCCUGCCCUUGCUGACCCGGAGUUUGACUCCCUUCGUGAUGCUAGUCCUAUUGUCACGCGUCUCCUGGCCACUGUUGUCACUGACCCUUCCUUUGAGUCCACUGCUGCGUCUGCCUCAACUGCUGAGCUUGUUGACUUUGCUGCACACUGUCGUCUAGACUACGCCGCUUGUCUUGUUGCUGAGUCUAAGUCUGUCUGUCCUCUGUCCGUCGGGGGUGAGUGUGCUCUUGGCACAGACGUCCUUGAGGACAGGCAGGAGGAGUUCCAGUGUUUUGCUGCUGCUUUACCUCAUCUUGUGUCCAUGCUGCUUGCCUCUGAGGGAGACCCGGAUGCUCCAAACAUCCCGACCCCGCGCUCUUACGCAGAGGUGGUUGAGGGUCCCUACUCCUCUCAGUGGCAGACAACCAGGGAUGCAGAGAUGGCUUCCUGA